AUGGCCACGUCGACCACCAAUCAACAGGGCGUACAACCCCUCCUCGUCACCUGGUUUAUUAUCGGCUUGGGGAUCUAUCCUACGAAUCGAGCGAAGCCGUGCUUCAGUGCUUUGUAUUCUUUGUUGCUGUGGUGCGCUUACGGCUGCUUCUACUACCUCAUAAUGUUUUUUAUUUGGGACAUAACAUUUCGGAAAAAUCUUUCGAUAAUCCUGAAUGUGAUCAACAUGCUCACUACACUCAUGUCCGUAAUCAUCGGCUUGUUUUAUGAUAAGAAAUUAAGGACUUGCAUUAAGAGGCUCGCCAUUGUGGACGACACGUUGGAAGAGUUGGGGAUUCCAAAAAUGUACCAAGAGAUGCACAUGUGGUCAAAACGGGUAGUAGCUGGAUGGGUCGUUUACAUACUCUUCAUAAAUACCUAUGAUUUCUUCCGGUGGCGGAAAGUAUCGCAGUCUAAUUGGGCGUAUCUCAUACCUCAUGUGAUAAAUCAUUGUUAUUACGUCAACACAUUCGUGGAUUUGACGUUUAUCUUCUUCAUGUGGUAUAUAGGGACCAGAUUCGACAAACUGAACGAAAAUGUACGAGGACUGCUGGUGAACGAGGAGUACGGCUUGAAGUGUACGUGGAAGAAACCAGUGGUUGCUGUUUACCGACAUAUCUAUACCGAUGAUUAUAAGCGAGUGUUGUGGACCUCAAUGCAUCUUCAGCUAGAAUUAUGUCGCAUCGCGCGUGAACUGAACCUGAUAUUCGGAACGCAGAUGACUUUGGAGAUGUUGACCUAUCUCUUAGACUUUACGUCACUGGCGUUUUAUUUUUGUAUGGGGCUGCUCAUUUGGAAAGGCAUAUCAAUAUAUAUCUGGCUCAGCGGCAUUAUAUUGGCCUGCAUAUGCAUCAUAAGACUCUACUCCAUUAAUUACAUUUGCGAGAGCUUGAGCGUUAAGGCUAAUAAAAUUGGCGAGACAAUUCAUCAGCUGACAAUUAUUCUACGAUACGCCGACAUGCACCAAGAGCUUUGUCAAUUCAUUUUGCAAACUAUGCGUCAACCACUGAAGUUCACCGGUCUAAGGCUCUUUUGUUUCGGCAGCAAGUUACUCUGGAAGUUUUGCGCGGUUGUUGCAACUUUGGUGAUGCUCAACAUGCAAUGGUCUCCAGAGUUACAGGUGUAUAAUAAUUCGCGUUCGAAGAUAAACAACAAUACUUGGAAGAAUCUAUUCGAAUGAGAAUGUAAGGAUGUGUGAAAAUCGCUUUACAAUCGAUCCUCUAAUUAGGGAUGACAUAAUGUCCAUUCAAUCCUAUACCGCGGAUUAACGAUAUACCAUACCAAUAAUGAAAUGCAACAAUACGUGCCUUAUUACAUAUCAGCUUUCCGCCGUAGGAAAAAAUCAAACAAACUCAGUGUCUCUUUCCUUUCCCCGUUCUCAUUCCGGUAAAACUUUAG